AUGGAAGGCUCCAAUGGCUUCGGGAUCGACUCCAUCCUCUCCCACCGGGCGGGCAGCCCCGCCCUUCCCAAGGGGGACCCCUUGCUCGGGGACUGCCGCUCACCCCUGGAGCUGAGCCCGCGCUCGGAAAGCAGCAGCGACUGCUCUUCGCCAGCCUCGCCGGGGAGGGACUGUCUGGAGACGGGCGCCCCGCGGCCCGGCGCCCCGCCGGGCCCGGCCUUGGACGCUCACCUGCCGCCCGGGCCGCUCUCGGCGCCGGCCCAGUCGCGCACCGUCACCUCCUCCUUUCUGAUCAGGGACAUCCUCGCCGACUGCAAGCCCCUGGCGGCCUGCGCGCCCUACUCGAGCUGCGGGCCGCCCGCGGGCCCCGAGCCCGGGGGCCGCCUCUCGGCCAAGGCCGGGGAGGACUUCCGCGAGAAGCUAGACAAAAACGGCAGCACCACGUCUUCGGAUUCGGAAUACAAAGUGAAGGAGGAGGGCGACCGCGAGAUCUCCAGCUCCCGGGACAGCCCGCCCGUGCGCCUCAAGAAGCCGCGCAAGGCGCGCACGGCCUUCACCGACCAUCAGCUGGCGCAGCUGGAGCGCAGCUUCGAGCGGCAGAAGUACCUGAGCGUGCAGGACCGCAUGGAGCUGGCCGCCUCGCUCAACCUCACCGACACGCAGGUCAAGACCUGGUACCAGAACCGCAGGACGAAGUGGAAGCGGCAGACGGCCGUGGGGCUGGAGCUGCUGGCGGAGGCCGGCAACUACUCGGCGCUGCAGAGGAUGUUCCCGUCGCCGUACUUCUACCCGCAGAGCCUCGUGUCCAACCUGGACCCCGGCGCCGCGCUCUACCUGUACCGCGGCCCCAGCGCGCCGCCGCCCGCGCUGCAGAGGCCGCUGGUGCCCCGCAUCCUCAUCCACGGGCUGCAGGGCGCCAGCGAGCCGCCGCCGCCGCUGCCCCCGCUGGCGGGCGUCCUCCCGCGCGCCGCGCAGCCUCGGUGA